ACAGUUUGAAUGGUACCGUCCUACAUGGCGUCAUCGUUCUUCACACAGGAAGUAACUGUUAAUGUUAAGAGUGCUAACGGUGUGAAUGGGUGUUGUAUGUCCGGCUGUGCCAGAGACCGGAGUUAUUGAACCGCGGUGAUUAACAAGUUAGCGAUGUCUCCCGAUGAGCUGGUGUACUUGGGAAUCCUUGCUGCCUCCAUCCCUGUUGGAUUCCUCUUCCGUUACCUCAGUCCUCCUGUGAAGCAGGGGGCGUCUCUCCUUCUGGGCCUCUCUAUCGCCAUCGCUACUUGUCACAUCCACACCCUUCAUUCUCUUGUGACGGUGAUUGGAAUAUGGAUUAUUAUAAAGAGCAGCUGGCGGCAUGCCCCAGCAUUGAGUCUCACCUGGACCUUUGUCUACCUCCUCUUCUUCCGUCUCGUCACUUGGUUCGGUCUCCCACCACCGACACCUUUUGCCAACGCCAUCCAGCUCCUUCUCACUCUGAAGAUGGUGAGUCUCGCCAACGAGGUUUACAGCUUCCACAUGGAGAAGAAAAAGGAAGUGAGCUCCUUUACCAAGUCUCCCGUCAUUGGUGGUCUGUCGCAGGAGCCCUCCCUCUACGACAUUCUGUCCUACAGCUACUGCUAUGCCGGUAUAAUGACCGGUCCGUUCUUUCGCUUCCAAACGUACGCUGACUGGCUGAUGCAGCCGAGCCCGCAGGCUCUGCCCGGCUGGGCGCCGUGCCUGCAGCGCCUGAAGCUGGUUCCCGUGUACGCCGCUUUGUUCCUGGCUGUCAACUAUGUCUUCCCACUGGCCUACGUUCGCACAGAGGAGUUUCUGGACCAACACUUUUUCUUUAGGGUGUUCUACAUGGUGGCGGUGUUCUUCGUGUUUAGGAUGCGUUUCUAUGCAGCGUGGUGUGGAGCGGAGGCUGGUUGUAUCAGUGCAGGUCUGGGCUGCUAUCCCGAGAACGCACUGUCCAAACCUGGAGGAGGACCCACAGUCAACUACAGUUCUGAUCCCACCAGUGAAGAGAAAUAUGACUUCAAAACCAUCCAGAACAUCGACUGCUACAACACAGACUUCUGUGUGAAGGUCCGCCAUGGCAUGCGUUACUGGAACAUGACGGUGCAGUGGUGGCUGCAUCACUACAUCUACCCGAAUGCCCCCUUCAAAGCCUACGCUCUCAGGGCUGGCUGGACCAUGUUCAUCAGCGCCUACUGGCAUGGACUACAUGCCGGUUACUACCUCUCCUUCCUCACCAUCCCCCUGUGCAUGGCAGCCGAGUCUGCCAUGGAGGCCUCUGUCCGAGCUAAACUGGGUCCUUUUGGUCAGAACAUCUUCGACUGGGUUCACUGGUUCUUGAAGAUGAGGGCCUACGACUACAUGUGCAUGGGCUUCGUGCUGCUGAAGGCCUCUGACACCAUCGACUACUGGAUGUCCAUCUACUUUGUCAUGCACAUCAUCGCCGUUUGCUGUAUCAUAGUUGGCUGGGCUCUAAAGUCAGGGAAACGGGAAGGAAGGAGAGGGGACAAGGAGGAGAGAAGAGAGGGAGAGAAGAUAGAGAACUUGAAAACUGGGGAAAAGACUGACUGAAAAGAGGAACAGAAAAGAACUGUGGGUACUUUUUUGGGUUACUUCAAGACGAGAAUUUAUAAACAUGAAUCGCACCAACUCUCAUCUUCCUAGAAAACGUCACACAGGUCCAAUAAGAUUCAUUGUGGGAAGAUGGGAAAGUUAUUAAAAAUGUGAGAUAAAUCAGACAACGGUGCAACAAGAAAAAUCUGGUAAAAGACAUGUAUGUACAUGGACAUAAAAGUACUGGGAAUACUGGGAGAGGAAUGUUUGAGCUCAAUGAAUGUCACUUUUAUAGUGUGAGAGAUAACAGUUAAACAGCAUCUGCCUGUACAGCGCGUGUGCUUUUAUUUCGCAAUACCUUCCCCAGUUUGAAGUGAUAACUGAACUUUAUUACCCCUCAAAUUUAGGUUGUUGAAAUAUCAAGAUGCUAUUUUAAAAACGGGCAGUACGGGUUGUAAAAACAAUAAUAAACCAAAUCCUCGUAAUGGUCUUAAAAAUUAAAUGUGAUUCAAUUGAGUUUCCAACCAAACAUUCCAGCAGCGCUCAGUAUUAUGUUACAGUACAUUUACACUGGAGUACAGAACGGAGGGAUUUAGAUGGAAAAGGACAUCAUGAUGGUGUCAUUGUCAGGAAUCAGACGUAAUUUUAUUUUUUUAUUUUUUUCAAAUUUCCUAAUUUUACGAUAAAAAAGAUUUCUGCUGCCCUUUGGCAUCUUACAUUUGUUUUUGUAAACAGUCUGAGUGGAAUUAUGUUUUUGUGAUGGUUAAGUGCCGAGAAAGUACAAUGGGAAACUUACAGUGGGAAACUUGCUGGGCGCCGGUCCAGAGUACAUUUGCAUUGUCUUAUUACAUAAGGAGGUUUGUGUUGUAGAUUUGGUUUCCAGCAUUAUAAUGUUCCUCAUUUUGUUUGCUAAACAUUUCCGUGCUUUGUUUCACUCCCUUGAUCCAGUGAAUCCAAAAUGUUUGUUUCUGAGGAACAUCUGCACUGACAGCUCGGUGGCGCCGUUGUGUACGAGUGUGCCGUGUGUAAGAUAGCAACAGUCCUCCCACUGCCAACAUGUCUGUGCUGCCAUCAUGGACCAUUCAGGGUUGGGACCAAACAUUUGAUACAACACGUCGCAGGUUUUCACAGAACUAUAAACUGCCAAUGAAAUUCAUAAAUAACAGCACAGCUGACAGCACAGCAAACUGGUUGUAGUCAUUGGAGCUCUGUUGCUUAUUUUCUGUGAUUAACUGAACGGUUGGGAAACGCGCUCAGUGCUCUUUCACUCACUCCUGUCUAACAACUCCACUGUGUGUGUAUUUUAAAUGAGCAUUGCACAAUUAAAAGUCUUAUUCCCCCCCCCCUCCAUGUGACACCUCAAACUGAGAUCAUUUGAAUAACAAACACGUUUAGUUUCACGCCUUCACCCUGACCAACUCAACCUUAUAUAAAUGAGUCCCUUUGUUGUCAUAAUUGCACGGUUAUUAUUGUGUAUUUAUUUUCCAGACUGUAACACUCAGUGUUACUUGUGGAAUACAUAUCAGCAUUUCCUCAUCAAUGUUACUGUCUUGCCUAUUCUCUCUCUAAAAUACACUUUAUAUGAA